GCCCGCGCUUAUCACAUGGUUCAAGACUUCCCCCGCUAUGAUAACUUAGUCGGUAACGGAGAUACCUCACUGCCAGAGCAGUGUGCGUCACCUCUCACUUUACAACAUCCGAUAGAAGAUGCUGAAAGAUUCGUGCGUCAGAUUUUGCUAAUGCUAUUUACAUCAGGGAACAGUCCAAAAUUCAUAAUAUUUACUUUCGAAAACACGUACCUGCCCCUGAUUCGUGUAUUUCGUUUGGUGAAACAACGAAAUUGUUUUACGAUGACUACUUUACAAGAUAUUAAUGAUAAAAUUGAAGAAUUUAAGCCAGUUGUGAUAUCAUCGUUAAAGGAAAUUUCUGAACUAGAUAUAACAUGUAAAUCAAUAAUUGAACAACAAUUAAAUAAUACCAAUUUACUGAAUGCGACAUCGAUAAUUAAAAUCCAAGCUGUCAUUGAUUAUAUGUAUGAACAUGUUAAUAUAGGAAAUUGGAAAGAAGUGAGGUUAUACUUAAGAAAAACUAUAACGAUUGCGUCUUAUGUGCGCCUUCUGGGCCAUUUAAAAUGUAGUACCCAUCUGACUAAUGAUGUUAUUAAAGAAGGGCUAAAAAUAAUUGAUUUUGGCAUACUAUUUGGUUGUCCUACGGAGACAGAACCUACAUUGCUUCAAGACUGUGCAUCAUAUCUUCAUAACGCUCUCACACCCGAUGAUCUAAAACCCGAAGGAAAUAUACAAACUGGUUUGACUAGUGAUAUGGAAUUACAAAAUAAAUCAUUUAAUUGUACCGUCUUAGAUGUUAUUGACUGCCCCAGUAUGGAAACAUUUUUGAAAAAUUACAUUCUCGCUGAGAAACCAGUUGUUUUAGAUAAUUGUAUCAAUCAUUGGCCAGCAUUAACUAAAUGGCAGGAUCAGAACUAUUUUAUCAAAUUGGCUGGUCUCAGAACUGUUUCCAUUGAAUUAGGAAGAGACUACACUGAUUCAAAUUGGACACAGAAGUUGAUGACAUUAGAAGACUUCAUUAGAAAUCAUAUAUUUGCUGAAGGAGGGACCACAGGAUAUCUUGCCCAGUAUCAGCUCUUUGAUCAAAUUCCCGAGCUAAAAAAUGAUAUUAUUGAGCCAGAAUAUUGCUGCUUUUCUGAAGAAGAUGAGGAUGAACACAUAGAUAUUAUGGCUUGGUAUGGACCAAAAGGCACUCUAUCUCCCCUGCAUCAUGACCCCAAAAAGAAUUUACUCGCCCAAGUUGUAGGUGAAAAACAAAUCUUCCUUUUCUCACCUGAAGAUUCAGUAUAUUUAUAUCCGCAUGAACAUGAAUUGCUCAAUAACACAGCCAGAAUAGAUCCAAGGAACCCAGACUUCAGAAAGUUUCCAAUGUACAAAGAGGCUAAAGGAUACUGUUGUGUGCUACGUUCCGGCCAGAUGUUGUAUAUACCACCGAAGUGGUGGCAUUUUGUGGAAUCUUUGUCAGUCAGUUUUUCAGUUAGUUUCUGGUGGGAAUAAAUAAAUAAUAAUCAUAGCCUAUGUAAGAAUAAAUCUUUGAUAUGACAAACACGAGAUAUAUAAACCUAGAUCGUCAAAAAUUUUAUUCCAAAAAUUUAAUGUCUUAGUGAUGUAUUGUGUAGUUAUAAAUGUGUUACCUCUUGCAUGAAAAGUAGUUAUGGGUGAUUGGAUAAUCAUGUGAUGUGCCGAAACAUAUUUUUGGUGCGAGAUGUUUAGUAGAAAUAAUUCUCCAUUUUUAUCAUUAUAAUAACUUCAGACAACUGUAUUGAUGUAUGUGAUUGUAGUAUGACAUAGGAAUAGCAAAAUAACUUGUAAUAAAAGACCUGUUUGCGUAGAUUAAUAAAAUUUUGUUUGACACAGUUAUUAUUAGUUAAUAAUAGUUGAAUCUCCUCAGAUAUAAUGAAUCUGUAGCCCUGCCAUUUUUUCCAUAACAUAUUUGUAUGUAAACGACUUUUAGUUACUGUUGCAAUUUUUGUUUACAAUUUGUUUUUUUUUUUUUAUAUAUGUAUAUAUUGUAAUUAUUGUAUAUAUGUAAAUAAUGUGGUUUACAUAAAGAGAUUUAAUAUAAGUUCUGUCUACAGUCGACUUGUAGUAUUUUAUUAUCAAAACACACAAACAUUUCUUCUUAAAAUAUUAAAUAUAUUAUUGCAUUGGUUUUUAUUACGUAUUCAUAAGUUGUUCCGAUUGAGUAAUGGACACAAAUGUGGAAACACCUAACCAAUUGGAAAUCGCUGAAAUGGAAUAAAGGUCAUAGGUAAAUUCCACAAUGUUCAUAACCUCAGUGUAAGCCAAAGGUUGCUAUAGAUAUAAUUGUACUAACUUCAAUUCCAUUAAUAUAUUUCUUACAUAUCUAGAUAAUAGGAAAUACCAUAGAUUUAUGAAUUAUUUAUUUAAAAUCGUAAUAAAUUCUAUGUAAUUCA